AGAAAGAGUAAGCGAGCAGCGAGAGGAAGGACCAAUACAGUUAGUGCGUACCGUGAAGUCGUACGUUAGGCUACUUCGCCGGAAUCUAACUUUUAACUAGUUUGUCUCUGAAUUUGUGCUUCGGUUGUGGCUCUAACUGUUACCGCAGUUGCCAAGCACCUAUAGUUUAGAGAGUAAACCAGUGUAGCUUCCUAUUCUUUUUCUUUUUUACCCUGAAGCCCUGCACUUUGCGCCCGUGUCUUAUGGAGGGCCCUGUGCGGAUUUGCCACCAUAAGAAUGCUUUUUUCUUCUAGUUUUUCCGGCUGGUCGCAGCUUUUAGCCUCCUGUACGAGGUGUGCUGUGUGUGUGGAGGCAGUGUGUGUGAGGCCUCUGGCUGGCAGGCGGAGGUGAAGGAACACCAUGGACGGAGGGCUGCGGGUGCUGAGAGUUCUGUCCACCGUGCUUUGUCUCUGUCAUAGCCCCCUCUUCAGCUGCUCCUUUGCGUUGUCUCUGUCAUUCCGUUCAGAGCCGGUCUCUGUGGUGGAGAAGCAGAGUGGUACGGUGGUGUUACGCUGUGCUGUGCGGCCUGCGUCGGCCAAGCUGACUUGGCUGUUUGAGGGCCAGGCCGUGGAUCCCGGCUCUCUGCCCGGAGUGGAGCUGCAACCCGGAUCGCUCACUCUGCCCUCCUUACAGCCCCACCAUGCUGGUACCUACCAGUGCCUGGCACACUCAGACACAGCGGCCAUCAUCAGUCGCCACGCACGUGUAGCCAUCGCAGAUAUCAAGGAGUUUGAGGAGACGCACAGACGUGUACUGGUGGUAAAGGAGGGAGACACCGCCCUCAUCCAGUGUUCGCUCCCCCGCAGCAACCCCACCGCCCGACCACGGUACCGCGUGCGAGGGAAAUGGUUGGAUGAGUCCACAGAAGAGUUCUUAAUCCUGCCAUCUGGGAACCUGCAGAUCGUCUCGGUCUCGCGGGAUCACCAGGGCUCGUAUAAAUGCGGUGCCUAUAACCCAGUGAGCCGGGAGAGCAGGAGCGAGGCUCAUGGCACUAAACUGGUAGUCAGAGAUUCGGAUGGUUCGUCCCCUGUGGGAAUAGUCUACCCUCUCAUACCUGUAAACCUAACAGUGGAACAUUCCCACUCCCUCACCCUGGAGUGUGUGCUGUCAGGAAACUCUCCAACAGUCCGAUGGCUGAAGGAUGGCAAAGAGCUGGCCCUGGGUUCAGGUCGCACACUGUUGCAUAGCAACCUGGUGUUGAACAAGGUUGGUGCGAGUGAUGGAGGACACUACGCUUGCUCUGUUCAGACAGAGGAGGGCACAGCGAUCAGUGCCAACUACACGGUGAACAUCCUUGAGUCUGUGACUGUGACAAAGCGUUUGGCUGAUCGGGCUAUGGUGCUUGGUUCUUCCGUAAGCUUCACCUGUGCUGCCAGAGGAAACCCCUCCCCCAGCAUCACCUGGCUGUUCAACUCCUCCCCUCUCACGCCCUCAUCUCGCAUACAAAUCUCUGGCUCCUCCCUUCGCAUCUCUGUGGUAACGCUGCAGGAUCAGGGCAUGUACCAGUGUUUGUUCGACAAUGGGAUUGGCUCGGCACAAUCAGCUGGCAGACUCAGCGUCCAGUCAGGUGAGAACUCCCAGCCGGUGAUUUUGUCUCCACCAGCGAGCGGUACCUAUCAGGAAGGUGACACAGUGACGUUAUCUUGCAAUGCUAGCGGUAACCCGCUACCCGACAUUCGGUGGUCCAACUCUGAAGGUCUUAUUGCUACUCACCCUGCGUUACUGCUCCAGCCCCCAAAAGCCCAAGCAAGGACCCCCAGUGACAAUCCUCCCUACCUCACCAUGUCCCGACCUGGGAGCAGUACACUCUACAUUCAAGCCGUUAGCGCAGCCCAUGCUGGAAAGUACAUCUGUGAGGCGUCGAACGAAAUGGGCUCGGCGCAGGCGGAGGCUCUCCUAACUGUGGAAUACCUGACAAGUUCCACGGUGGGUGUCGCCAUGGAAAUGCAGCCUUCCGUGAACCCCUUCCAGAGCGAUGAAGGCGAUGAAUUGUUCUUGUCCAUGGAGCAGGUGGGUAAGGUGUUUGGAGACACUGUGGCUCCUCCCACUGAGAGGAUGAGUGACAGGCCUGUACCCGAGGCACCAAUCAUCAUUAGCCAGCCUCAGACACAGCAUCCUAACACAUACGACCUGGAGUGGAGGGCGGGGCGAGACUGGGGCAGUCCAAUCAACGCCUACUUUGUCAAAUACCGUAAGGUGGAUGAGAUGGGAAACGUGGUUGGCGACUGGCAGACGGUUCGUGUUCCUGGCAGCGAGAAAUCUUUGCCUCUCUCUGAGCUGGAGCCGUCCAGUCUGUACGAGGUGCUGAUGGUGGCACGCAGCGCUGCAGGGGAGGGACAGCCCGCCAUGCUCACCUUCCGCACGGGCAAGGAAAAAACACCAUCCACCAAUAAGAACACAUCUAAGGGACCUCUACCUGAGCCUCCUGAGGAAAAAUCCAGCAACACACACUUCGGAGUGGUCAGACAUGACAAACCUAUUAUAUCUCCUGUCCCUGAGGCUCCAGACCGACCUACUGUUUCCAUGGCGACUGAGAGUUCUGUGUAUGUCACAUGGAUCCCACGGGCCAAUGGGGGCUCUCCAAUCACAGCAUUCCGCGUUGAAUACAAACAGGGACGCAGUGGUGAUUGGUUGGUUGCUGCUGACAACAUCUCCCCACUUAAACUGUCUGUAGAGGUGCGCAACCUUGAACCAGGCUCCUUGUACCGGUUCCGUGUGGUGGCUCUGAAUAUGUAUGGGCCUAGUCCCCACAGCGUCCCCUCCAGACCGUACCAGGUCACGGCAUCUAGUCCACCCUUUUCCACACGCCCUGUGGCUGGGCCACACAUCUCCUCUACUGACGCUGUCAGUGACACCCAGAUCAUCAUCCGCUGGACUUACACCCCUUCCAGUAACAACAACACACCCAUCCAAGGUUUCUACAUCUACUACAGGCCCACGGACAGUGAUAACGACAGUGAUUACAAGAGGGACGUGGUGGAAGGCAUGAAACACUGGCACCUGAUUGGCCAGCUGCAGCCCGAGACUUCCUACGACAUAAAGAUGCAGUGCUUUAAUGACGGCGGAGAGAGUGAAUACAGUAACGUCAUGAUCUGCGAGACCAAAGCUCGCCAGCCACCCGGUGUGCCAAGCCAGAGAACCAUCACCCCCCCAGGUCCGUACCCGCCUGACCCCCCCUCGUCCCCGGGUGGGCUUCUCUACGUGAUUGUGGGCUGUGUUCUGGGUGUGAUGGUACUCAUCCUCUUCGCCUUCAUUGUCAUGUGUCUGUGGAGGAACCGCCAGCAAAACAGCAUUCACAAGUAUGACCUCCCUGGGUACCUGUACCAGCCUACGGACAUGAACGGGCAUGUUUUGGAGUACAGCGCCCUGCAAGGCAACGGGCGGGUCAACGGGAACAUCCAUGCUGGCUACGGGCACAGUGGACCGCUCAUGCCCCAGGCCUGUCACCACCUCCACCACAAACUGCCCAACGGCAUGACCUUGCUUAAUGGCUCCGGCGCUCUCUACCCCACCAGCCAUGCCCACCAGCACCCCCAUGAACCCAGCCUACCCCAUGGCACCAUGGACUACGAACACCCCCAUCCCCAUCAUCUCCACAACGGGGGAGGCAUGUACACUGCUCUGGCCCAAAAUGACCCAUCAGACUGCAUCAGCUGCCAGAGCUUCUGCAACAACAACAGGUGUUACACGAAAACCAACGGCACUUUCCCAGGAGGCAGUCUGCCUCUAAUGCACCGCGUGGCACCGUGCCAACCGGAUGGCCUGGAGAUGGUACCUCUGGGCCACAUCUCGCCCCGCUGUCAUGGAAACAAGACUCUGCAGCUCCACAGCAAUGAGGAGAGGGAGGUGGUAGAGGAGACGCAAGAGGAGAAUAAGACAGCUCCUCAGAAUUCCUCUUGUGCACCAGGAGAAACGGAACCUGGUCCAGAGCAGCAGAACGCCACAGUGGAGAGUCUGCAGUCUGAGGAUCUGGAGGAGCCUGUGGUGUGUUGGGAGACUCUGGGUCUGCCUGAGCUGGACUGUAAGGAGAAGACGAGUUGGAUCUCUACUGCUAGUCCAGCAGGAGAACUUAUCCAGGCCGCUGUGCAGGAGAUCUAAUAACACACGCACGUACACACACACACUUACGCACUUACACAAACAUACACACACACCCUCAUACCUAACUCGCUCACACCCCAGAAGGAGAAGAAGGGAAAGUGAAAAUGGACGAUUAGAAAGACAAGGCCAGUGUUUUGUAUGGUCAGAGACAAUGUGCAACUCAAAGGACACGAAACUGACUGACUGAGCUGGACAAAAAAAGAAAAGAUGGAAAUU